GUUGCAAAUACAGCUACUAGUCGUUGGAUUCCAUUGAUCAAACCGCCUAGCUUGCAAGCCUCUUCGACCGUGCGCCCGCCCUUUACUCCCUCCAAGCUUUGAGCCUGUUUUGAGUCUUUUUCUGGCCCGAUUUCCCUAAAUUUAUUGACCUCAAAACUUUCAUUACUUUUUUCCCAGUGAACGAGUUGUGUUUGUUUUUUUUUUUAGUAUAUCUAAUAAACUUGAAUCCACCUUACUUGGACUCAGUUGAUCGCUAAAAAUCCGUUGUAUCUGUCUCGUGGCUCCACUAUGUACAUGUCCCAACCCCAAUUUAACGGUAAGAAUGACCGUAACAACCAGCCAAUUAACAAUGGCAAUUUUGUUCAGUACCCGCCACCACAAACUUUACCUCCAAACCCACAGGUUUACCAACAUCAACAAAUGAUGUACCGCAACCAGCACCAGCAACAGAUGCCUCCUCAGUACCAUGCUAGUGGUCUCCAGCAUCCUAUGCAUGCUCAGCAACUGCAACAACUGCAACAGCAGCAACAGCUUCAACAACAGCAACAACAGCAGCAACAGCAGCAGCAGCAACAACAACAACACCAACUUCCUCAACAAGUUGCUCAACAACAAAUUAGAUUCUCACAACAACAACAAGCUCAACAACAAUUACAACAACAACAAGAGCAACAUCAACAACAACAUCAAGCUCAACAACAUGUUCAACUUCAACACCAACAACAUAAGGAACAGCAGAAGCAACUUCAACAAGUUCAACAAGUUCAGCAACUUCAACAACAAGUUCAACAAGCUCAACAAGUUCAUCAACUUCAACAAGGUAAGGAGUCUCAAACUGACAAAUUAACUGGUGAUGAAGUUCAUGAAAAGAGAAAGAGGGGUAGACCUAAGAAGUUGCUCUUGGAUCCUACCACCAACCAACUUAUUGACUCUUCUCAUCCUAAGUUUAAGCUUCUUAACAAGGCCUUGAAGAACAGUGUUUCUCGUUCUCCAUCUGGAGCUGCUAUUCCAGCACCACUUCCUAUUCUGGGUCCUUCCAAUGAAGAAGUUAUUUCAAAGUUGUUUGAACAACCAACUUAUAUGAGAACUUUGGGUGAUGAAGCUGUCCAACAAUUAUUGCAAAAGAAGGAUAGAAGAGGACGUCCAAGAAAGUUCCCAGUUGAACAAACUGGAUUAACUAUUAAGGGGAUCCGUGUCAAUGGUACCAUGAAGCAGAGAAGAAAGAAGGAUGAUGACUUGUACCAUGCCCAAAUGGGACGCGUUGUCAAGCGCGAAAGAGGUAGACCAAAGAAGGUUCAACCGGACAUGGUCAACAUGAACGCCCAAUUGAAGGAAAAUGAUGAUAUUGGACUUCACAGAAGUAUGUACUCUUAGAGUAUUCUCUUUAGAAUGACAGCAAAAGUGAAGUGCUGCUGCGAUAUUAUGUAUUAUAAGAAACGGUUAAAAUAAA